CGUCGAACCUCCGUCCACUCUUUCUCCCUCGGUCCGGUUACCGACAUUACAAUCAUAGUACAAAUACUUCAAUCCAAGUCCGAAUCAAAAUAAUGCAACCAUCGCCCCGGAAUUUCUCGAAAUGCAACCACCUUAUCAUCGUCUGCUGUCACGCAAUUUACCUAGGCGGUCCAACCAACGGCGCCUCUGAAGAAGAAUGGCUGAUAGAACCAUUCCAGAAGGGCGAAACGCCAACCUUCACAAACCACGUUAAAGCCGGACUCAAGGUCCUCGCGGAGGAUCCGCAAGGGUUGUUGGUUUUUUCAGGAGGUGCAACAAAGAGACCCGCUACAGAAUUAACAGAGGGAGAGUCGUAUCUUAACCUGGUCGAAUCCAACGCCUAUUAUUCCUAUUCUGCUAGGAUAAACCCCUCCCAGAUAACAGUUGACCCCUACGCCACGGACUCCUACCAAAAUGUCCUGUUCUCGGUUCUGCGGUUUAGGCUGUAUACAGGCAUGUACCCGGAAAGCAUCACGGUUGUGACGCACGAGUUCAAGAGGAGAAGGUUUCUGGAGUGUCAUUUUCCGGCUCUUGGGAUCAAGGAGGGAGUAAGCGUGCAUGUGAUUGGGAUCAAUCCUCCUGAGGAGGUGACGUCGCUUGAGUCGUUGGUCGAGGGGGAGGAGAAGAAAGGGAUUGGGUUGUGGAAGGGGGAUAGAUAUGGGAUUGGUAGGGAGUUGGGGAGAAAGAGGGCGCAGAGGGGGUGGAGGGAGGGUAUGGAGGAGGGUGUUUUCCUGGGCGUUGGGUUGGAACCUGUGGUGGAGGAGUUGGUUUGCUGGGAUGGAGGACUGGGGGGCAAUGAAUGGUUUGUAAAGAUGGAUCAGUUGCCGUGGUGUAGGCCACGAUGAGAUCUGAUGGAUAG